GAGCGCGUACGUCACCUCCGCACACGCCAAGAUGGCUCCGUGGCGCCCCUGCAGGUCGGAAGCCACGGCCGUGCUCAACAACUGUGGCAGAACUGCGGCAAAGCGCACGAGAAAGGGGAUUGGACUGCAAUGGCCACCGCUCAGGAACGCAAGCCUAAAAGGCCUCACUACAUUCCUCGCCCGCCGGGGAAGCCGUUCAAGUACCAAUGUUUCCAGUGUCCUUUCACCUGCAACGAAAAGUCCCACCUCUUCAACCACAUGAAAUACAACCUGUGCAAAAACUCCAUCUCCCUGAUGAUGCAGAAAAACGGCCAGGUGACUCGGCAGGUCAAGGCCGUGACGAAGGCCCUCCCCGUGAAACCUACGGACGCCGCCGGCUCGCGGGAAGUUCCGGUCCGACAGGAAUCGGAAGAGGAGAACACAGAGGAGAUGAGCCAUGAGGCGGAAGAGGUCGACGUUGAGAAUGACAGUCCGGUGGUGGAGAAGGAAGGCAACGUUCCAGCCAAGGAGCCGCAGUCCCUGCCCCGCCCGUCUGCCUUCUCCCAGGUGGCGCCCAACCGGCAUGAGCCAGAAGCCGUCAAGUCGUCCGUGCCGCCGCCAGACGCUUCUCGGCCACCCCUUCCCGCCUUCGAGCGGCCAGCGUUCCCGUGGACCGUCAAUCCGUUCCCCGCUGCCUUGGGGCCGGAUUACAAUCCUUAUUUCACGCCUUUCUACUCUUCUUACUACCGACCUGCAAGCCAUUUUGCAAACGACACUAACUGUUCUCCUUUGCGUCUUGACUUUGGGGAUCCCCCGAGGCCGGUGGUGCCACACGCCAUUGCCCCGCCUCCAGUUUCACUCUUCGCCCCUUACUCGUACCAAUACGGUCACCCGAUCCACUCGGGGCAGCAAUUUCAUUGCAACCCGCACGCACCCCACGAGCUCUCCAGAUAUCUUCCUUUGGACUGGUACGGGCCGACCUUCCCUUCUGAAGAUUACAACUUAUACAUGCGACCCGGUCACAAUCAUUUCACGGAACAAGCGCAGCUCAGGCAAAGUGGCGACAAGGAGACCAGGCUGAGCCCGAAGGAGGGCUGUUCCGCUCUGGGCUCCCCUGACAGACCCGGUCACGCGCAAAUCACCCAGAAGGAGGGCGAGGAAGCGCCGCGAGACACCGGCCUGCAAGAGCGCCAGCCCUCGACGGUGGAGCAAAACAUGCAGACCGACAGCAGGCGCAAGGACACCGCUGAGAGCUUGCUGCAGCUAGGGACGCUGCUUGUGGACGCAAGAUCAUCUGAGAGAGGCGCGUAUCCCGGCGUGUCUGAGUUUUGUACGGCCGCCAACUCCGAAAAGGAAGACGAGGACAACAGAAGCGCACCGGCACCGCUUAACCUCUCGACGAGAAAUUGUGACGCCUCGAACACCGAGGGGCCGGGCGGUGCGGAGAUGCCGCUCAAUCUCAGCCUGCGCUCUCCUCACGCCGGCACGUCAGAAGACGCCGACCUCACAGAUGAAGAAGCCCGUGACCAAAGGCAAACGGCGGCGCUGGCGCUCUGUCAACUCGCCGUCGCCGGCUCGGCCGCCUACGUGCGUGACUUUGAGCAAGCCCGUCGAACAGAGGAAGAUUCGAGCUCAACGAAAAACAGUAAACACGACGGCGGGCCCAAGACGUCGGGCGUGAAACGGGCGGACCGCGGCCUAGCUAAGUCCAACGUGUACAAAGCGAGGAAGAGAGCAAAAGCGGCAGCGCGGCCUGCGAGGAGGAGGCCACGCUGCUGCUAAACGCGCAUGACUAGGGGACAGCAAACAGGUCAACAUUUUCGUACUUGCGGGGGAAAUUAUACUACUCUGUUAUUCCCUUUUGCGCCCAGGCCAAAGCAACAGCAGUGGUCCACUACCAGCUGGCAUCUUGGUGCUAAGCAAACAGUUUGAAGUAAGUUGAGGAGCUUCAUUUAGACAAAAGUAGUCCAGAGCUACCAACUUGUGGCAUUUGGAGGCAAUUUAAGGGCCAUCAGUUAUUGGGAUUUUUACUAUUUGUGGCGGGCUACGUUUCUAAGACCCGCUGCCAGUUGCUGAGGUUCAUUGUAUUUUUGAGAAAAGGAAGCAAGAAAAGCAAAAGCAAAAGCAAGUACUAUUUGCUGCCUAUUGGACAUCCAUCCACAUUACUGAAGCACUGAAACACUGUAAAUGCUUGAGCGGGGAAACGUGUCAAACAGCUCUACCCGUCAUGUACAGGACGUGAAAAAGUACAUUAGGUAAACCUGCACGAGAUUAGUUUUAUUUGAAGAAGUGGUACAUUUACUUGUGAGUGAUUCAUCUAUAUUAGAAGAAAAAAAAAACACAUUAUUGGAUGAUAAAGUUAAAUUAAGAUAAAUGAUAACGAGGUUUUUUUCUUUUGGUAUCAGACCUUUGUGCAGGUGUACCUAAUAAAUGGCCUGAAUGUGUGCGCGUGCCUCGUUUGGGAAAGGUGACACUAAAUGUUUAUAGAGGCGCGUUUUUGACGACAAUCUGGACCCUUUUUUUUUUUUGAAGAAAGCGAAUAAAAACGUGAAUUUUGUAACAUUUGUAAGAACC